AACACACUAACGAACAAAACGGAGUGAAGAUAUAUAGCGAUUAAAUCUAAGAAAGUCAAACUCCAAGAAAGAUUCUGGGUAUCCAAACAGAAUAUCAAACCCACAGCAUAAGUAUUUAUAUUUAUUGAACUCCCUUCACAAAUUAAACACAUUCACACCAACAUCAACAUGGCGUUACAAGAGAACCUUGUUUGGAACGUCAUUCUGGUGCUAACAGCAGCGUGUUUCAUCCACUUCAACAUACUUUUCGCCCAUGCUCAUGCUCAUGCUCAUGCUAAUGGAUUUGGAGACCAACCACUCUCCAGAAUCGCCAUUCACAACACGGUUGUUUCGCUCCAUGGUGGCGCCUCCGUUAAAGCCUCCCCUUCUAUUCUUGGCCUUCAGGGUGAGGAUACACAAUGGGUCACUCUAGAUAUUGAUUACCCUGAUCCAUCUGCAGAUGAUUGGUUGGGAGUUUUCUCUCCUGCAAAUUUCAACUCUUCAACUUGUCCUCCUGUAAAUGAUCCAAAGGAACAGACUCCGUAUAUAUGCACAGCCCCAAUAAAGUACAAGUUUGUGAAUUACUCCGACCCGCAAUAUACGAAGACGGGGAAAGCUUCUUUCAAGUUGCAGUUGAUCAAUCAACGCGCAGAUUUCUCUUUUGCGCUGUUUUCAGGAGGACUUCAGAAUCCUAAACUUGUAUCAGUUUCCAAUUCCAUAUCAUUUGUCAAUCCUAAUGCACCUCUGUAUCCACGUCUUGCUCAAGGGAAGUCUUGGGAUGAAAUGACAGUUACCUGGACAAGUGGAUACAACAUAAAUGAUGCUACACCAUUCGUUGAGUGGGGUCUUGAGGGAAAAUUUCCAGUGCAGUCACCUGCUGGAACAUUGACAUUUGGUCGCAGCAGCAUGUGUGGUUCACCUGCAAGUACCGUUGGUUGGCGUGACCCUGGUUUCAUACACACAAGUUUCCUAAAAAAUCUGUGGCCAAAUUCAGUGUAUUCAUACCGAUUAGGGCAUCGUUUAUCUAAUGGUUUAUAUAUUUGGAGCAAGAAAUAUUCAUUCAAGUCAUCACCUUAUCCUGGACAGGACUCACUGCAGCGUGUUGUCAUAUUUGGUGACAUGGGGAAGGCCGAGCGUGAUGGAUCAAACGAGUAUAGUGACUAUCAACCUGGUUCACUUAACACCACUGAUCACCUCAUCAAGGAUUUAGAAAAUAUUGACAUUGUUUUCCACAUAGGAGAUAUAACAUAUGCAAACGGUUAUAUCUCACAGUGGGACCAAUUCACAGCUCAAGUGGAACCAAUUGCAUCAACAGUGCCAUAUAUGAUCGCCAGUGGAAAUCAUGAACGUGAUUGGCCCAACACAGGAUCAUUUUAUAACACUACAGAUUCAGGUGGCGAAUGUGGAGUUUUGGCCGAGACCAUGUUUUAUGUUCCAGCUGAAAACAGAGCAAAAUUUUGGUACGCCACGGAUUAUGGCAUGUUUCGCUUCUGUAUAGCUGACACUGAACAUGAUUGGAGGGAAGGAUCUGAACAGUACAAAUUCAUUGAGCAUUGCCUUGCAACAGUAGACAGACAAAAACAACCGUGGUUGAUCUUUGCUGCUCAUCGUGUGCUUGGAUAUUCCUCUGACUUUUACUAUGGGGCGGAAGGGUCAUUUGAAGAGCCCAUGGGAAGGGAAAGUUUGCAGAAACUUUGGCAGAGAUACAAAGUAGAUAUUGGAUUUUAUGGCCAUGUCCAUAACUACGAACGGACAUGCCCCGUUUAUCAGAACAAAUGUGUAAAUACAGAGAAGUCUCACUAUUCUGGCAUUGUAAAUGGAACAAUUCAUGUUGUUGCUGGAGGGGCAGGGAGCCAUUUGUCAAGAUUCAGCGAAAAAACCCCAGAGUGGAGCCUUGUCAGAGAUUACGACUUUGGGUUUGUCAAGUUGACUGCAUUCAAUCAUUCAUCUCUCCUCUUUGAGUACAAGAAAAGCAGUGAUGGAAAUGUCUACGAUUCUUUCACCAUUUCAAGGUCUUACAAAGAUGUUUUGGCAUGUGUGCAUGAUGGUUGUGAAGCUACCACUUUAGCAAGUUAAAAUGCGUCUCCUAAAAUAGCAGCCAUAACAUAUUCUUAUGGCUUAGAACAUUUACAUUUUGCAAUAAGUACUGUCAAGUAAAAGUUAUUAGUUACACAUUUUUCUUGGAGAAAGCUUGAUUUGUACAAUAUGUGAGGUACAUGUCAUACACAGCUGUAACAACACAAACUAAAUUAAUACUGUAAAGCAAUCUAAUAAACAGUGGCUAGGUACACUCAGAGAUGACAAUUGGACCAGAUUCAGUUGAUAUCACUCAAGUCUCGGCUGAGAUCUCCUCUAUGAAACUAUUCUUGGGAGGACUUUACUAUCA